ACGGUAUGCCUUUCGACUUGUUGUGUUUUCUGUUACUCCAAUCGCCAUCUUGUUGCCAGUGAAGUAAUGUGUUUCUGAUGAAUUUCGGGAGCGCCCUGGAGGUCUUAUGACUGUCUUUGGAAGCCAGUGGAUUUUACUGUGAUUAAGCCAACACAUAUAUCUGUAUCGGGGGCUUGCAUACAUUUUAACGGGAACUUAUUGUAUCGGUAUUCAAAAUGAGUAUCGAUACUCUAUUGGAAGCGGCCAGGUAUUUGGAGUGGCAAGCCCAGCAACAACAGAUUACACGUGAGGAGGAGCAGAGAGAGAAGGCCCUGCUGUCCCGUGAGGCUGAGCAGAAGCUCUCCGCCCCCAUUAUCCAGUCUGUCCAAGUCAACCAUGUGACCUGGGCAGAAGACAUGCGGCUUGAGUCGCACCGCCACCACCAGCACCACCCUCCGGUCCCGCCCCCUCCCCUCCCAGCACCUGUUCCCAUAGCUGUCAUUCCCAUCCCGGUGGUCCCUGCCAAACCUGCAGCCCCUCCCAUUCAGACUGCUUCGUCCCUUCACACAGCCUCCCCAAUGCCAGUGGUAACAUCCUUGGCCACAGCCCUAUCCCCACCAGCAGCCCCUCUCGUCAGCCCUAAUGGCAAGGACAACCACUCCUCUCCACAGCAGCAGCAGCAUCGUCACUUGAUUGCACAUGUAAAAACAGAAAUUAACAGCUUGCCUCCAUCGAAUAACGGUCCCAAACAGCAACAGCCACAACAGACGCAGACACUGCUGCAGCCGUAUCCAGCCCCCAUCAUCACAGCCCAGCACCCACCACAGCAACACACCCUUCUGCCCCAGCCAGCACUACCCCAACCUCAGCCUGCGCCAGCCCAGGUUCAGGCAGGCCAACCACCCAGGCCUAAUGGAGCCACUGUGGAAGAUCCACGCAACCUGGACGGGAAAAGGAGACCUGGAGGAGCUGGAACUCGAGAAGUUCACAACAAGCUGGAAAAGAACAGACGAGCACAUCUAAAAGAAUGUUUUGAAACCCUCAAGAGGAACGUUCCUAACGUGGAUGAAAAGAAAACUUCCAAUUUGAGUGUCCUGAGGAGUGCCCUCCGCUACAUCCAGACAUUGAAGCGGAAAGAAAAGGAGUAUGAGCACGAGAUGGAGCGCUUGGCGCGGGAGAAGAUCGCCACUCAGCAGAGACUGGCAGAGCUGAAGAACGAGUUGAGCCAGUGUAUAGACAUCAUGGAGAUUGACAGGAUACUCCGACAAACUGUCCAACCCGAAGAUGAUCAGGCCUCCACAUCAACAGCAUCAGAGGGUGAAGACAACUUCGACCAAGAUGUAGAAGACGAAAUCCUCUCCUCCCCACCCUCGUCUUCUGCGCCCAAACUGCCAGCACCGGCGCUGUCGGAGCCCCGCGUUGCCAUGCCUCCACCCUCCAUCCUCCCUACGCACAUUUCCAUACAACACAAACCCACCACCCCACCCUCUGCUCCACCCAGCCAACCACAGCCAGCGGUGGUCACCCCUCAAGCCAUCGCCCCUGCACCGCCUUCCCACAUCAUCUCCCCUCCUCAGCCAACAGUCAUCACCCACGCCUCUGUUUCCCAUGCGUCCGUCAUCCAGGCCGUCAAUCACGUCAUCACAGCUGGGCCUAAACAUCUGGCGCAUAUUGCGCCCUCUAGUGCCGGCCAGCCAAUCGGACACAUCACCGUGCAUCCCGUGGCCCACCUCCCUGCAGCCAUUUACCCGCAGUCGGUGGCCGUAUCACAACCUGCGAUGGUGGGGCACAUCACGCACACAUUGGCACACCACCCGCACACUCACGCCCAAGUUAACGGCACACCUGUCACAGGCCAGCAGGCCACCAUGGUGGGAAAACCCACAGCCGUGGUCGCUCACCAUCACACUGGGCUGGUGGGCCAGACGGUGCUCAAUCCAGUGACUAUGGUAACUGUUCCUCCUUUUCCUGUCAGCACGCUAAAGCUGGCCUGAGAGAAAAGAGAGGGUGUGCAGAAAGACUUAAAUGAAAGGAGGUCUCACAAAGCCAGAGCAAGAUAGGUGGUGAUCUAAUCACUAAAAGAACGACUAGAUCCCAGUCAGAAAUUCACUACUGUUGCUCAUACACGCUGGGACCUUGUCAGGAUCGGAGCGUGUCCUCUUUCAUGUGUAGAAGGUGCUUGCGUGUCUUUUGCCAUGCAGCAUUGGAAUGAAAUACAUGUAAUGCACUUGUUUAACUAAAUUCAAAGAAAUUGGGUGUCAGUCUUUAGUAAUGUGAGAGUGAAGUGCUAAAACAAAUCAAUUCUUUCUUCUCUUUUCCUCCUAUCCUUUUUCUGUAUGCAAAUUCUCAUGCUUUACAUUCAUUCACCAAAAAAAAUUCCACACCGUUAAUCAAAAACGAGUGCUUAAAGGUCAAUACUGGAAGCAUGAGGAGAAAAAAAAAACGUUUACUGUGUAACCAUAUUUUUAGGGGCUUUUAAACUUUUCAAACGGGGCUUUUGAAUAAAAACAGGUACAUUCAAGAUCAGAUUCCUCAAAGUGACUUUGUGAGCAAAUAUAAGUGCCUAAGCCCCAAUUCAAGCCCAUUGGCGCCACCUGCUGCCUACGCAAUGUGACAACAUUGCUGAAUAUGAAGCGCAAGCGCACAAGAGUGCCAUGACCUGACCUAGUCACAUACAUCUGCUGGCGCUCACGAGACAGUCUUAAAAGUUUCGAGGCGAGGCGAAUGGGUCAUAAAGAAACUCAACUAAUAUACAAUUCAACAUCUGAGAAAGACCUGUGUACAGACAUGUAUUUGAAAGAACAUUCAAGCAUUUAUAACUUCCAGCAAGUGCUUAGAUAUUUAACACAAUAACAAGUAAUAUUUGAUUAACGUUUCAAACUAUUAAAAAUGUUACGUACGACGUGUGACAGCGCGUCAUGUCGUGCAUUUCCGUUUCUUUAAAGCAGCAGCAUUAUCAGUGUUCUCGUGCUUGUAGCAACACGUUGAAAAACGUCAAAUGAAGUCUUAGAAUACGUUAACGUAAAUCAAUCUUGUUCGUCACACGUUCGUAGAUGGCUUAAUGCGCGCACACUUGUCCAGUAUGGAUAGAUGCCGUUGUGUCCAUUCUACGCUCAUCGCUGCACAUCCAUUUUCAUUUUUAUGCGUGACUGUGUAAAUUGUCGUGAAGUAGGCGCUUGUUUAUAAGCAUCUUAGGAGGUUAAACAAGCUGUUUUCUGUUUCAAACAUUGACAUCAGGACAAAAAGCCCCUUUACCAAUAGCAGUGCUUUUCCCUGCUGAAAAAAACAGCAUAUGCUGGUUAAGGUAGGUUUUGGAGCUGGUAUGCUGGUUUGAGCUGGUUCAUGCUGGCAUAGGACCAGCAUAAACCAGCUCAAACCAGCAUACCAGCUCCAAAACCCACCUUAACCAGCAUAUGCUGGUUUUUUUCAGCAGGGUUCUUAGAGAUAGUUCACCCAAAAAUGAAAAUCCUGUCAUCAUUUACUCACCCUCAAAUUGUUCCAGAACCAUUUGAGUUUUUCUGCUGAACACAAAAAAAGGUAUUCUGAAGAAUGAUUGUCACCAUUGACCAAACAUAUGAUGGGCCCCGUUGACUUCCAUAGUAUAUAAUUUUUUUUUUUUUCCCCUACUAUGGCUACAGUCAACUGUCUGGUUACCAACAUUUUUCACAUAUUCUUUUGUGUUCAGCAGAAGAAAGAAACUCAUACAGGUUUGGAACAACACAAGGGUGAGUAAAUGAUGACUGAAUUUUCAUUUUUGGGUUAACUAUCCCUUAAAGUCGGCCUGUCAUUCUCAGUGCACUCGUUUGGUUGAACCUGGACAAAGUUACCAUCUUACCGUUUCCCUAUGUAAACUUGAUGGUUUGCUGUUGAUGGUUUGGCACACCAUAUUGUUGCUUUAUACUGUCACUUUCAAACGGAACACUGUGAUUCCUGCUCUUAACAUCCUCUUCCUGCUGCAAACGCCCCAAAUCCAAGGUUUGGAUUUUCUGUUGUACUUCCUUUUUCUUUUGGGGGAUGUGAAGAUGAAAUGAUACAAUCUGUGCUUCACACUCAGUUAAAAACAAACAAACAAAAAAAUAGCCUAACCUUUGUGAAAUUUAUUAGUGUGUUUUUGUUUUUCAUUUUUUUUAAUAUAUGUGUAUGGAUGUAUGUAUAUAUGUGAGGUAUAUGCACGCAUUCACAUAUAUGUGUAUGUAUUUUAGGAUUAUACUGAUGCCUGGUUUUGCAUGUAGAUUGCAGUUUUUGUUUGUUUGUUUAAAUGUUAAUCCCUCCCCUUAUUUCAUUUUUGGGACCAUGUUUCAUACUGUAUGAUGUGGACGGGACCGUUAGACCUCAUUCUACAUUGAUAUUAUAUAUAAAUAUAUGAAAAACUGUGCAUUUUCCCUAUGGAGAAAGUUUAAGUUAUAUAUCGCCUGUACAUUUUGGGCUGCAUUAAGAUCGAAUUGUCCACCAUGUUUAACUGAAAUAGUAAUAAAUCUUAUUAAAAAUAUGCUAGAUUACUACAAAAAAACAUAAUGACGAUUCAUAAUAAAUCUUAUGACAUUUACAAAUCAA